UGGGGAGUCGUUCCUGGCAACAAGUCCCUCCCCUCCUCCGGCCGUUAGCGGUGGAGCAUGCGCGCUGACCCUUAUCUGUGGCUGCGAGAAGACGUUUCCCGCCUGGGUCGUUGUCGCCGGCUGAAGUGGUGAUGUGUAGGCCGUGACAGUGGCAUCUGAAACUGGGUGGGAUAUAGUAGGCAGCAAGUGAACAUAUUGUCCCAGAAGUUGAUCUGAUGAAAGUAGAAAAAAUGGGCAAAAUGGCAAAAAGAGUAGCCGACAAGGAGCUGACUGACCGCAAUUGGGAUCAAGAGGAGGAGGCGGAGGAUGCAGGAACGUUCUCUGUAGCACCUCGAGAUGUUCUGAAGAACAGGGCAAUUAAGAAAGCAAAGAGAAGGAACCCUGGAAGUGAUCCUGAAAAAGGAGGAGCGUUCAAAGGCUUUCAAGGCUUGGUACCAUCUGGAGCUUCAUUAACUGGAUUUGGAAGUGUCGCUAAACCAAUUCAAGGUCUGACCAAUGGGAAUGGUGGCGCAUCCCUGUUCGGCAAUUCAAAGCCCACAAUUGAAAGCAAACCUGUUUUUGGGUCUCUCUUUGCAAAUGGACCACCAACAUCCUUGUCCUCGACUAUAGACGUAUCCUCCACCGCAAAAACAAACGGUGAAAUGCCUUCAUCUACCUCUAGUCCUAGUCCUACCCCUAGCAAGCCUGGCAGCUCCACUGAAUACAACAAACAGUUAAUGUCCCUGAAUUGCGCUGUACGGGACUGGAUAAUGAAACAUGUGAAGGCCACACCUCUGUGUGAUUUGACCCCAAUUUUUAGAGACUACGAGAAACAUUUGGCUAGUAUUGAACAGAAGUACGGAACUGUCACAGACAGUGGAUCCGAGAGCGACAGCACUUCCAAAUUAACCCCCUCAAUUUCCACCCUUGUUUCUUCAAAUACAGAGGCUAAGCCAACCUUCUCUUUUACCAGCAAAGAAGAAAAGUCUGAGCAACCAGCAAAGUCUAAAACCGAGACGAAAACUGAAUCGGCUCCCCUUUUUUCCUUCGGCCAAAAGUCUGACACUGCGAAUUUCAGUUCAUUCGGCUCUGGGUCGGCAGCUACAUUUUCUUUUAAAGUAGGAUCUGACAGUCUGUUAAGUAAGGAUACAAGUAAGAGCAGUGUGGGGACACCAUUUUCCUUCCAGUCAGGGACAAGCGCCAAGAAUGAGGAAUCUGGUGGCAAAGAGGAAGAAGAUGCAGAAGAGCCACCAAAAGUAGUUGUACAAGAAAUAAAAGAAGAUGAUGCCUUUUAUUCCAAGAAGUGUAAACUCUUCUAUAAGAAAGACAAUGAAUUUAAAGAGAAGGGGGUUGGAACGCUUCACCUAAAACCAGUAAUGGAUCAGAAAACCCAGCUGCUGGUUCGUGCUGAUACAAACCUUGGCCACAUCCUACUGAACAUUUUGGUGCAGCCUUCCAUGCCAUGCUCUAGAACAGGAAAAAACAAUGUGAUGAUUGUUUGUGUUCCUAACCCUCCUGUCGAUGAGAAGAACCCCACCGUCCCCGCCACCAUGCUGAUCAGAGUGAAAACCACAGCAGAUGCUGAUGAGCUGCACAAACUUCUCCUGGAGAAGAAGGGACCCUAAACAUCGAACCCUUCACAAAAUGACCUUCCUUGCCAAUCUGCUGCUCAAUAUUGAACUCAAAAGAUCACCAUGUAUUAUCAUUUCUGUUGACCCUCAUAACUUCAUAAGAGUGUUUUUCAUAAGUUUUUGUUAGGAAUGGAGUCAAUUGGUAAUAAAAGCUUUAAGGAAAGUUUAGUACAUAAAA